CUAUAUAAAACAACCCAAACCUUUCCUUCAUCCUCGACUACAUAUUAUCUUUCACCCUUCCUCAGAGUUGACGUUCACUUUUCUCUCUACCUUAUAACUUAAAAAAUAUCCUUUGCAAGGUUGGAACAAUUAAGUUCAAGUAGAGAAAUGAAGGCGGGAGUGGUGGUGGAUGACGGCUUUAUCUUCGCAGAAGAAACCCAUCUCACUGUGUUGAAGACCUCGUUGUUCUUCGCCAACGAUGGCUUCACUGUUUACGACUGCAAGGGCGAGUUGGUCUUCCGAGUAGACACUUACGGCCCCGACACUCGUGACCGAGAUGAACUCGUUCUGAUGGACGCCAACGGAAAGUGCCUCCUCACUGUCCGGAGAAAGAGACCAAGUCUGCAUCAACGGUGGGAGGGAUUUGUGGGAGAGCGAAUGGAGGGUCAAAAACCAAUCUUUAGCGUGCGAAGAUCAUCGAUAAUCGGACGGUCGAAUGUAACUGUGGAGGUGUAUCAGAAUCCAGGUGAAGAGUACCAGAUCGAAGGUAACUUCGCGCAGCGAUGCUGCACAAUCUUCAAUACGAUGAAAGAAUCAGUGGCUGAGAUUCGACGCAAAGUGGAUGCUUCAACCCACGUGAUGCUGGGUAAAGAUGUGUUCUCAUUGUGCCUCAAGCCUGGGUUCGAUGGGGCCUUCGCCAUGGGAUUGGUUCUGGUUCUUGAUCAGAUCAACGGUGAAGAUUAUAUCCAGGACAACGGAGUUGUGGGGGACCCUGUUAGGGAACAAUAAUUUUCAAGUGUUUUUCUUUGGCUGAUCGGGGAGAACUUUUUCUUGUUGUAUUGUUGCCCCUGAGAUAUUUUACGACCUUGUAUUUUAAGUACACUCUACUAAUUUUAAAAGGAAAUUUUAGUCUGUGUGAUUUAAAA